GAGGAAUUCCUAAGAACCCCAAACCCGUACCCCAUUUUCCACCAUAACACUAUGAAUUUAGUUGGGAAAUAAAAUACACAUAUUUUUAAACUAACCCUUAACAGAAAUUCAGCAUUCCCUUCAAUUGUGAAUUUGUUUUACAAAAAAAUCAAGACCUGUAACAAGAUACUGAAAAGGUGAAGAACCCUGAAUUUAGGGAAGAUGUGGAAAACAGCUGCCCUUUCAUUUGACAAGAGCUUGCUUCUAACAGUGAAGGUUGUUACUGUUACUCUGAAUGUAGCAAGCUCCGAAUAAAAUGAUUAUUUCCAUUGCAGAUCACAUUGGGAGGAUUAUAUAGGAAACUUUUAAGUCUUAACUAUAACUUGCUUUCCCUCAAAAGUCUUAGUGCAGGGGGGCCGCUAGAUGACACAGUGGAUAGAGCACCGGCCCUGGAUUCAGGAGUACCUGAGUUCAAAUCCGACCUCAGACACUUGACACUUACUAGCUGUGUGAUCCUGGGCAAGUCACUUAACCCCCACUAUCCUGCAAAAAAAAAAAAGUCUUAGUGCAGUUGUAAACUACUGCAGCAUAACAAGGCACUGAGACUUUCGGGACAAAUUCGGGCUGAGCCUUUCCAAGCCUCUGUUUCUUGGCGAUGUUCUCUGGCCUCGUGUCUUCGGGGCUCUCUCCGCUGUCCAGAGCCGGCUCUGUAUCAGCUCGCCUCCCCAGCCAAACCCACGCUGAGCUCCGGCCCUCCCGGCACUUUGCUUCCGCGGCUUCGUCACGUGUUUUCUGGGUCGCCUCCCCCGCCUCCCAGCGCACUGACAAAGCUGGUAACUGACGCGCACGGUAACUGACGCGCGAGCUAAGGGGCCGCGUGGGCCGCAGCCAAACGCUCCGGUUUCCUUCCCCAGCCUUUGUUCUCAUCGGGAGGCGAGUCCUCGGGGAUCGCAGCCGCCUGAGGUCUUGGUCGGCGCUACAAAGCCUCCCAAGCGCUUUCGUCACUGAGUGCCUUGUGCUCCUGGCUCUGCUCACGUCACUUUGCCUCCCUUCCUGCAGGUGUUAUGGGGGAGAUGGGGAGGGGGUCCUAGGAAUCUCUCGUUAAAGACCUGCACCCCUUCGCACACAAACCCAAUUAAAGUAAAACAACAGAGAAAAGAAAACCCUGAGAAACGUCCCAAGGGGAGACAGGACUGGACACCGGGAGGCCCUCUGGCGGCCCUUCCCGCGCGCCAGGGGUCGGGCCUCGGAGGCCUUGGGGCUGGACGGGCCCUGGAAGCAGGCGCCGCGGGAGCAGGAGCGUUGGGGCUGUGGGACCUGCUGGACCGUCCGAGCAGCAGGGGGCGCCCGCGGCCGCGAGGCAGUCACGUGGGCAGAGCACAGCCUCCGGGCUCAUGCGCAGACACCUGUCCCGCUCGCUGCUCCCUCUCUUUCAACCGUCACUUCCUCCUAGACGCCUGACCUCACUUCCGAGUGUUCUCCUGUCAGCCUUCUCCGCUUCAGCGUCUCGCCGCAGCCGAAGUCUCAGCCGCUGGCGGAGCCCUGGGUCCUGGGCCGCGUUCUGCCUUAUAAGCACUCUGCCCUUUGCCAAAAGCAGGAAGGACCAAGGAGAAAGAAGAAGAGGAGCCAGAGGAAGAGGAGGAAGAAAUGGUUCCUGUGUGCCUGACAGCUGGGGCCCUGGAGGAGUCAGUAACGUUCAAGGACGUGGCUGUGGACUUCUCCUGGGAGGAAUGGGGGCACCUGGGUCCCUCUCAGAAGAAGCUGUACCGGGAGGUGAUGCUGGAGAACUACAGGAACCUGGUCUGCCUGGGGCUUGCCGUGUCCAAACCGGACAUGAUCUCCCAGCUGGAGCGAGGGGAAGCACCGUGGAUGGCAGAGGGAGGAGGCCCAAGAUGCAGACAGGAAGUCUAGGCCUGAAACUCCAAAGCUGGGCAUUUCUGUGGAUCUGUCAUCCCAGGAAGGACUCCCCAGGGAAUGCGUCUGUGUCUCCAAGUCUGGAGAAUCCUGUGAAUGUGAUGCCAGGUUAG